AUGUAUAAUGAUAUGAUGCCUGACAUAAUAGUUGCUGCUGAUUUUUUGCAAUGCGACAUUAUUCUAGAGAAAUGUAUUGAAAGGAUAUUACUUAAUAAUAAUAUCAAUAUAAUUCAGGAUUUUCAAAUUUUUAGUAUUUUAUUUUCUUUUCAACAAAAUUCACCAAAAUUAUUUUAUCUUUUGGUUAAAAAUUAUAAAAAGUUAAAGGAACUACCUAUUGAAAUGAUGGAUGAAAGAAAUUUCUCUACACUCCUAUCAAGUCAUUUUUUUAAUCCCCCAAUUGAUACUAUUACAAAUUUAAUUGAUCAAUGGUUGUCAAAGAAUCAAUGUAAUAUUAAUCUUUUAUUGUAUACAACAUUACCAAAAACAAAAUAUUUUUCCUAUUAUAUUAUUAAUAAAAAUAUAAUAAAAAAAAUAACAAUUUCAACAAAAACUUUACAAUUUUUUACAUCACAAGAGUAUAUUUUAAAUGAAUUUAUUCCAUCAUCUGUUAUUCAAUAUAAUGAAAAUUCAAUUUUUGUUUAUAAUAAUCAAAUUGAAAAUUUUAUUACACAAGGUUUUAUUAUAAAUGAAAAAAAUAAAGUUUUAAAAUUACCACCACACUUGGCACCACGAAUACAUUAUUCAACACUUAUUUAUAAAGAUAAUAUUUAUACUUUUGGUGGUAUUUUUAAUAAUAUUCGUUCAUUUUCUGUUGAGAGUUAUAAUUUAAUAACAAAAAAAAGAAAACUUCUUUCUAGUAUGCCAAUUGCUGUUAUGGAUGCUUCAGUUGUGGUACUCAAUGACUUUAUUUAUGUUAUUGGUGGGGUAAUUAACGAAAAAGUUAAUGUUGUUCAGGUGUAUGACAUUAGAAAUGAUAAGUGGAAACCGGUUUCACCAACAAAUCAUCCCUCAUCUAAAAGUACAACACUUGCAUAUGAUGGAAAAAUUAUUGUUAUUCAUGAUAAAUCUAUUGAAUCUUAUAAUCCAUUAUUAGGAGAAUGGAAAAUUAUUAAAUAUAAUAACAAAGAUAUAAAAAAUAUUUUUUCAGAUAAUGAUGGAAUAUAUGCAUGUUAUUGUAACAACAACAAUGAAUAUAAAAUAGAUCUAAUAUAUAAAUAA